AUGCAUUUACAGUACGACCCAGAGUUUCUGAAAGAAGCUGCUCCAAUCCUCGAACAGUUGGCGCAGACUCCAAAACCAUCUUUGCAUGAUGUUACAACGAGGCGCGCCAUGCUGGAGGCAAUGACGGGCGAGGAAUUGCCCCUGCCAGAAGAUGUGAAACAUCAUAUCUACCAGGUGGCUGCCCCGGAUGGACACAAGGUACCUGUCUACCACCUUCGCAAGACCACAUCUCAAGGGGGAAGAGAGCCAGCUAUUAUUCACCUCCACGGUGGAGGUUACAUCUCACUCAGUGCAGCCAUAACCGCCAGGUAUCAUGCACUCACAGUUUCUCAUACUGGGGUUCAGAUAUUCAGUGUCGAUUAUCGACUGUCGCCUGAGAACCCGUACCCAACGCCUUUGAAUGACUGCUGGGCUGUUCUUGAGUGGGUGCGCAGUAAUGCGGAACAGCUGUCGGUUGAUCCAGCACGCAUUGCAGUUAUGGGAGAAAGCGCUGGCGGAGGUCUGGCGGCUGCGUUGACUCUGCUGGCUCGGGAUAGAGCGAUGUCGCCCCCUCUUGCAAAGCAAAUCCUCAUCUAUCCCAUGUUGGAUGAUCGAACUGUGAUCAACCAUGCGGGGGAGUUGGCAUUCUGGGACGACAACGACAAUAUUACAGGAUGGACUGCGUAUCUGGGAUCAAAUGUCGGCGGUGAUCAAAUUGCCCCUUAUGCUGCUCCGGCUCGAGUCGAAUCGGUCGAAGGUCUACCUCCGCUCUACCUGGACUGUCCACAACUGGACAUGUUUGUGCAUGAGGGCAUGGAGUAUGCACGCCGGUUCGUGGCAGCUAAUAUUCCUACCGAAUGCCACAUCUACCCGGGUCUGCCGCAUGGAUUUGAAGCUUUGGCUUCGGGGGCUGUCAUCACGAAACAGGCCAUUGCUAAUCGCCACAAGGCUAUAAUCAGCUUUUGA